CUACAUGACUUCUGCUCACGACGAGCGGAAUAGCUUGACAAGAUUGUUGGUAAGAUAAAGCGAAUCUCAAGCCUUUUGGGAUUUCAUCGUACGCCUGUCCCUCGCGCGCCCAGAAACGGGCAUGUUCGACAUGCCAGGCAAACAAUACUAAGCAAUCGCCAAACUCCAAGCGAUCUUUGUUCGACGACUACAAAAAAGUUGUCAGCUUCGUGCCAGUAGAUGACAGCAACUUGACAAACCAGAACCGGAAACAUGGUCGAGCUUCGAGAGACAGACGCCGAGGAUACAUUGGACGAAGCGAUCAAAGAUACAAGAGUCGAAGAAUUGCCAUCCGACGACGAUGACUCUGACUACGAAGACGUCGAGUCCGAUGGCAUCGAUGGUGUGCCUUUCCCUGGCAAACCAUUUCUGAAACCAUCGAAGCCACUCAACUUACCACCCUGGCUGCUGCAUCGCGAGAUCUUCAACUUGAUUCCAGACGAUCUACAGACAACCACUUCGGAGGCGCAAGCAAAGACAGAAGCAGAAUGUCUAGCGCUUUUGACGGGCGACGAGUCAUUGGGGUUGCCGCUCAACAGUCACGGCAUCCCUCAUCUGAAUCAGAACAAGCACGCCUAUUUCCUCAAAGACUGGCUGACUGGCCUUCCGGCUCCGUACGUUGCCAUGGAUGCAUCGCGGCCCUGGGUCUUCUACUGGGUGAUGGCUGGGCUUACAUUCAUGGGCAAUGACGUGACGAAUUACAAGCAACGUUUGAUGGAGACGGUCACACCUCUGCAAAAUCGAUCGGGAGGGUUCGGCGGCGGACACGGGCAACUCAGUCACUGCGCGGCAACCUACGCGACUCUACUCGCGCUCUCCGCCGUAGGUGGUCUGGAAGUCGUUGAUCGCAAAGCAAUGUGGCACUUCCUGGGCCAGGUGAAGCAAGCAGAUGGUGGUUUUCGAAUGGCACUUGAUGCUGAGGAAGACAUUCGAGGGGCAUAUUGCGCAAUGACCGCCAUCACGAUCCUCAACUUGCCCCUUGAAUUGCCACCAGAUGCACCAGCUCGCAAGGCAGGUCUGACGACAUUCCUCGACGGCCUCGGAGAAUGGGUUGGAAGAUGCCAAACCUAUGAAGGUGGCAUUGCUGGUGCACCGACCAACGAAGCUCACGGAGCCUAUGCAUUCUGUGCCUUGGCAUGCCUGAGCAUUAUCGAUGCCCCACACAAAAGCAUUCCCAAAUACCUCAACAUUGAUUCCCUGUUAUCCUGGCUCGCAGGUAUCCAGGCAUCACCCGAAGGAGGUUUUGCUGGGCGAACCAACAAGCUCGUUGACGCAUGCUACAGCCACUGGGUCGGUAGCUGCUGGUCGCUGAUUCAAGCAGCAAUCGCAGGACCAAAUCACACAGGCAAGCAGAUCGAUCUCUGGAGUCGAGCAGGUCAGAUCAGAUACUUGCUCUGCUGCGGUCAGCAACCCGGCAAGCGUGGCGGUAUGAGAGAUAAACCUUCCACAAGACCUGAUGCUUACCACACUUGCUACUCGCUGGCUGGUUUGAGUGCGGCGAUGAACCACUUCCAAUACGAUGUAACAGGCGAGACCGUUGAUGAGAGUGGGAGGUUAGCUGCUGCUUUCCAGUGGAUAGCUGAAGGGCCAUCGAACGAAGAGAUGAAUACAUGGGCGAUUGACAAGGAAGACUUGGUCUUGCCUGUGCAUCCCGUCUUCGUGCUGCCAAUGGACGUGGUAGAGAAGACAAGAUUGCAAUUCCAGAAAGGUGGCUUCUGAUCGAGAAAUGCUACAGUCACAGGAAGAACCAUUGCACAACAGUCACAGAUCUUGCAUUGUAUGCGCUGGAAUGACACACAGUUGUUUGAAUCCCGAGUUCAUGAUAACCGACGGCUGCCGAGGGAUGCGAGGCAAAGAAGAAUCAAAGAUCGCAUCGGGAUAGCCUAUUUCGCACUUUGGAGAGGCGCCCGAUCAUUCGUCCUGUUGACACGAGACAA